CUGCACGUCACCCCACCUUUCCUGUACCACCCCUCAGAAAACCCAGAGGUAUGUUGUUGACGGCAAAGUAUCUCCGCUAGACUGGGAGCAGACGUCCAUAUCUUCCCUCCUGCUGCAGUAGUGCCCUUCUUAUCGGCCAUUCUGUUUCUGUUGGAGAUGGUCCCAAUGGAGAACUUUCCUGAGGUUGGAACGAGGAAAGCCAUCAGAAAUCCGACAGUGUUGCUAACGAAUGCAGGGAAUCCAAUCAUCUCUGAAAUAUUCCGAGUAGCUGAAUUUGAGGCACUCAAGGCAUGUCAUCGUGUCUGUCGAACGUGGCGACGGGUCGCUACAGGAUUCUUGUUCUAUAGAGUUGUUCUUCACAGAGAAAACUCGGAGCAUUUCAGCGCAAGCCUCGGGCGAGACAACCUGUCUGUAUUAGGUAAAGUCUUGUCCAUUGGUCGGGCAGACGAUACAGGCGGUGAUCUGUCGAAUUUGAUUCGUUCCCAUCGAUGCCUGCAGCAAUCAACGGUACAACCAACAAUCGCUGUUGUUCACCAGGUCCGUGAACGACUCUUUACAACCUCACUUACGGGUAUGGACUUCUCGAAAUUCUUUAAAUCUGCCGGCUCUCCAUGAAAUUCGGCUCACUACCAAGGAACUGCCGUAUCCACCCUUGCUCCUCUUCUUUGAACUCAGGCCGCAAGCAGAGGAAAAGGAAUGUAAGAGACAAUUAGCGAUUGAAACAAUGUCAGCUUUGAGUAGCAGAAGUAGCUAAAAAAAAUGCAAGCAUACUCCCUUUAGCUG